GCUAUUUGACAGAUUUUAGCUUCCUCUGAUUUUGUCUUUUAGCACAGUCUUUUAGGAAAUCUUUGUACGAUCGUAAAGUGUAAAUAACUUGUAAUUAUAGUAAGAAAACCACUUCUUUGCACGCCACAGCUCAUAUUAAAAUCUUUGGUUACAACUUACAGGCCACCACAAAUCUAAUUUCUAACUAUGAUGGACUGUGUGGAAGAAAGCAACAACGAUCCCCUCACAGUGCCUGUAUCCAGCCCAUCGUCUGGAGACUCCACUGUAGAGAAGAAGAAGCCAAGUGAAAAUGUGUCUUUAGCUGAUAACAGUUUAUUGGUGGACAUAUCAGAUGCGUUAAGCGAGAAAGAAAAAGUCAAGUUUACAGUGCACACAAAAACAACACUACCAGAGUUUCAAAAGUCAGAAUUCCUAGUUGUGCGGCAACAUGAGGAGUUUGUGUGGUUGCAUGAUAGGUAUGAAGAGAAUGAAGAAUACGCUGGGUAUAUUAUACCGCCCGCCCCCCCACGGCCGGAUUUCGACGCGUCCCGCGAGAAAUUACAACGUCUCGGCGAAGGAGAAGGAGCUUUAACUAGAGAGGAGUUCCUUAAGAUGAAGGAAGAGUUGGAAGAUGAAUACCUAGCGACAUUCAAGAAAACGGUAGCCAUGCACGAAGUUUUCUUACAACGUUUGGCAGCGCACCCUGUAUUUAGGAAGGACGCACAUUUACGUGUGUUCUUGGAAUAUGAGCAAGAUCUGUGUGCGAAGCCGAGAGGAAAAAUGGACCUUAUUGGUGGAUUGGUCCGUUCGAUGACAACAACAACUGACGAAAUAUACUUAGGCGCUACGGUGCGAGAUGUGAACGACUUCUUUGAACAAGAGACUGCGUUCUUACAAGAGUAUUAUUCGCAUCUGAAGGAAGCUGUCACUAAAGUGGACCGGAUGACGUCUAAACAUAAAGAAGUAGCCGACGCACACAUAAAGCUGUCGUCGUGUAUCACACAACUGGGGUCUCGGGAACAGCCGCCCACUGAACGGUUCCUGACUAGAGCCGCUGAUACCUUUGAUAAGUGUAGAAAAAUCGAAGGUCGCAUGGCGUCAGAUCAAGAUCUAAAACUGGCGGACACACUCCGGUACUACAUGCGCGACACGCACGCAGCUAAAGCCGUCCUUGUUAGACGACUCAGAUGCUUAGCUGCCUACGAAGCUGCUAAUAGAAAUUUAGAACGCGCGAGGGCUAAGAACAAGGAUGUGCAUGCCCCAAUGGAAGUACAAGAGGCGGAACAAGCGCAAUCGGAAGCUUGCGCACGAUUCGAACAACUGUCCGCUCGUGCGAGAGAAGAACUCAUAGAUUUCAGAACGAGACGGGUUGCUGCGUUUAGAAAGAGUUUGAUAGAAUUGGCCGAACUUGAGAUUAAACAUGCGCGCGCGCAACAAGAGUUGUUCAGGAAAUCUCUGCAAAUGUUGAAGGAGUGUCAAUAGAUAUUAAUUUAUUAUUUAUAUAAAAAAGAGCGUGUGUGCCGAGCACACGUGUCAGAAGUGAAACUUCUUUGGCAUGAUUCAAAGAUACCAAAAUCG